AUGAAAAUCCUAUAUAAGCCACCGUUUCCCUGAUGCUGUGCACCAGUAAGUCAGUAACCCUAGUUCAUUGAACUGCCACUUAGCCACACAAACCCCUUUCUUAGGUUCUCCUUAUACCCUCAUAACCCCUUCUCUUCUUCACGCUUUUUCUGCACCAAUCAGAAUCCAGCAGGGUUAUCCGGAGAAGCUACCAUGUCGGACGAUGAGAGGGAGGAGAAGGAGUUGGAUCUCACUUCUCCGGAAGUUGUCACCAAGUACAAGAGUGCAGCUGAGAUUGUUAACAAGGCUUUGCAGUUAGUUAUUUCAGAAUGUAAGCCGAAGGCCAAGAUUGUUGACCUUUGCGAGAAAGGGGAUUCAUAUAUUAGAGAGCAAACUGGAAACAUGUACAAGAAUGUGAAGAGGAAGAUUGAGAGAGGUGUUGCCUUUCCAACUUGUGUGUCUGUGAACAACACUGUGUGUCACUUCUCUCCUCUCGCCAGUGAUGAAUCGGUGUUGGAGGAAGGUGAUAUAGUGAAAAUUGAUAUGGCUUGUCAUAUAGAUGGGUUCAUUGCUGCUGUGGCACACACUCAUGUUCUUCAGGAGGGUCCAGUUACAGGACGUGCUGCUGAUGCCAUUGCAGCAGCAAACACUGCUGCUGAAGUUGCCCUGAGGCUUGUGCGGCCAGGAAAGAAGAACAAGGAUGUAUCUGAAGCAAUCCAGAAAGUUGCUGCUGCGUAUGACUGUAAAAUUGUUGAGGGUGUUCUUAGCCACCAAAUGAAACAGUUUGUGAUUGAUGGGAACAAGGUUGUGCUUAGUGUAUCCAAUCCUGAUACAAGGGUUGAUGACGCAGAGUUUGAGGAGAAUGAAGUUUAUGCAAUCGAUAUUGUAGCAAGUACUGGAGAUGGCAAACCUAAAUUAUUGGAUGAAAAGCAGACAACUAUUUAUAAGAGAGCUGUCGACAAGAGCUAUCACUUGAAGAUGAAAGCAUCAAGGUUCAUUUUCAGUGAAAUAAGCCAAAAGUUUCCCAUCAUGCCAUUUUCUGCAAGAGCCUUGGAAGAGAAAAGAGCUCGUCUGGGUUUAGUGGAAUGUGUGAAUCAUGAGCUCCUGCAACCUUAUCCAGUGCUGCAUGAAAAGCCGGGUGAUUAUGUUGCACACAUCAAAUUUACCGUAUUGUUGAUGCCUAAUGGAUCAGAUCGCGUCACUACUCAUCCACUCCAGGAAUUGCAGCCCACCAAAACAAUAGAUGAUCCUGAAAUCAAGGCGUGGUUAGCUUUAGGCACAAAGACAAAGAAGAAGGGUGGUGGAAAGAAAAAGAAAGCAGGUAAGAAGGGAGCAGAAGCUGAGCCAAUGGAGGCAACAAAUGGUGCCACACCCCAAGAGCAAGAUUGAGACAGAAACCCUUUUGAUCCCUUUCAAUUUUGGUACUUUUUUCACCAAGUUGUAUCUGCUUAAUUUAGUACAGCUUCCGGACAUCCAAUGUUAAUAGGAAUUUAAAUUCCUUGCGCAAUUGUACUUACCUGAAUGCUGUACUCCUGAUUAAGCAUAAAUGCUUGGUUGUGGGGUUUAUUGUUUUAUAAACAAAAGAUAUUAAAUUUAAAAUCUCAAUUUUAUGUUUUAAAAAAA